AUGGCGGAUGACCUCUUGCUCGAAAAGGUCCACGACCUGAGCGACCUUGAGCUGGCCAUCCUGCUGUGCCUGGUUAGCAGAGAACAUGGCAUCAUCAGCACCCCGUCGGACACCAUCGACGACCUGAUCGAGGAGUUGCAGCUGGUCGCGCGCAAGACAUUCGGCCUCAGCUGCGUCGUCAUCAACUGCCACGCCGGCACCACCCUCGAAGAAUUCGCAUCCGCGCUCCUCUACCUCCCCAAGCCCACCGCCGCCGCCGCCACCACGCCCGCCCGCACGCCGUCCUUCCAGGCGCGCUCCGACUCCGCCAGCUACUUCGUCGCCAACCCGCAGCAGCAGUCGCGACCCUCGCGCGGCUCCAUCUCGCCGCUCACUGUCCUCACCGGCGGCGGCGGCGGCGUGGGAGGCUUCGGCCCCGCCGCGCAGAUCGCAAACUGCGUCCUCGCGCGGAACCUCGACUGCGCGCCGCGCGCUGUCCAGAUCCAGGCCCUCGAGCUGCUGCGCACGCGGCGCAUCUUCACGCGCACGUCGGUCCAGGCUGCUCCCAAGCAGUUUGUCUUCGUGCCGGUGUUGGAGGCGGACAGCGGCGGCGAGGCGCACGUCACGCCGCAUCUCAACGACUUCUUUUCCCUGGCGCACUGGCACGACCCGGAAGAUGGGCUCGUGAACAUGGAGGAGGCGGCGGAUGACGCGGCGUCGGUGGAAAGCGUGGUCAGGAGUAAGCAUCAAGACGAGCUGCCGGCUGGCCCCUCCAUAUCCGAAUCGGAAAUCAGUCACCUGGCACAGCUGAGCCAGCAGGUUCAGGCCGACAUCGACGUCAUCCGCUACCAGAUGAACGUCGUCUCCUUCCUCCGAAUGCAUCGUGCCGUCGACCACGGCAUCACGCCGGCCGCCACGAAGCAUUUCGACAAGCUCAUGCGAUGCGUCGCGCCUCUGCACAAGCUCGAUUACGUGACGCCCGCACUCGUAGGGCUGGCUGCCAGAAAGGUCUAUCUGCACCGCAUACGCAUCACAUCGCCGGCAAAGGAAAGGAGCAUGCAGUGGGGCAGCAAGCUCGAGGCCGUACAAUCCAUACUCGACGGCGUCGGCCCGGAAGAAGUCAUAGAGGAGGUGCUGGAAAUGGUGACGGCGCCGCUGUAG